AUGAAGUGUAUCAUUCUCCUUCUGGCUGUGCUCCUGCUCAGUAUCCAGGCGACUGCGCUUCCUCGCGUCGUCGCCAGAGAUGGGCCUUUCGAUAUUGUGAUUGCGCUGGUCGACGAGGCCGGCAAUCCUAUCAAAUACGUGACGGAUGCUGCCAAUGGCAUCUUGUCUCAGUUCCAGCCCAAGCCGAAGCCCGACCCUAAGCCUGCCCCGAAACCCGAUCCCAAACCCGCCCCCAAGCCAGACCCCAAACCAGAGGAGACCAAACCCAACACCGAAGCCCGCGUCCCCCACGGUAUCUCCUACAGCCCCUACAACGCAGACGGGACCUGCAAGUCCCAAUCCCAAGUCAACGCCGACAUCGCGCGCAUCCAACCCCAAUACGCCUUCGUCCGCAUCUACGGCGUCGACUGCGACCAAACACACACAGUAACAACCGCCGCCCGGAAACACAACAUGCAAGUCUUCGCCGGCAUCUACGACCUCCAAGACUACUCCUCCAGCCUGCAAACCCUCAUCAAGGCCGCCUCAUCCGACUGGUCCACAAUCCACACCAUCUCCAUCGGCAACGAGCUCGUCAACCGCGGCCAAGCCACCCCGCAACAAAUGGUCCAAGCCCUACAGCAAGCGCGCGACACGCUCCGACCCGCAGGCUACAAAGGCCCCAUCGUAACAGUCGACACCUUCUCGAUGCUCCUCGCGCACCCCGAGCUGUGCACCGCGUCCGACUACUGCGCCGCGAACUGCCACGCUUUCUUCGACGCAACACAGUCGGCGGCUGGCGCGGGCGCCUACGUCGCGGGCAAGGCGGGGGAGAUCUCGCGCAAGGCGGGCGGGAAGCGCGUUGUGAUCACCGAGUCGGGGUGGCCGCAUGCUGGGCAGGCGAAUGGGAAGGCUGUGCCUUCUGUGGAGAAUAAUCGGGCCGCUGUGCAGAGCCUGAGGGAGAGCUUUCGUGGGAAUCCGGCGGAUUUGGUCCUGUUUUCGGCGUUUGAUGAUGCUUGGAAGAAGGAUGGGGAGGGCACGUUUGGGGCGGAGAGAUUUUGGGGGAUUCAUGGGCUGUAG